AGACCACGCCGCCACCGCCCACCGCAGGCCGCACGUCUUGCGGGUUGCGGCUCCUGCCCGGUCAUUGCUCUUUCCGAGUUCCGACCGCCCGAGCCCGAAGCCGAAGCCUUAAACCCCCUUAAUCUGAGAUCCGACGGCCCAGAUCUCUCGUUUCUCCCUAUCCCCGUCCGUUCCCCAUCUUCCCGCCCUCUCCCCAUGUCGCCGCCGGUGGCCGGCGCGGCCGCCACCUCCGGCGACGGGUCGCCGCGCGAGCUCUACACCAUCCCGGCAUCAUCCGGUUGGUUCCGGUGGGACGGGAUCCACGAGACGGAGCGGCAGGCACUGCCGGAGUUCUUCGGCGGGGCCGGCGGUGCUGGGUUCGGGACGGCGACGAGGAACCCGCGAAUCUACCGCGAGUACCGCGACUUCAUCAUCGCCAAGUACCGGGAGGACCCGGCGCGCCGCCUCACUUUCACCGAGGUCCGCAGGGCGCUUGUCGGGGACGUCACGCUCCUCAGGAAGCUCUUCGCCUUCCUCGACUCCUCCGGCCUCAUCAACUUCUCGGCCUCCUCCUCGUCCUCGGGCCCCGCGUCACGGAAGCAGGAGGUGGGGGUCGUUGUGGAGGCGCCCGUGGGUCUGCAGGUGACGCCGCGGCCGCCAGCGUCCUACUUUGCCGAGGAGAAGCGUGGGGCCGUGGGCGGGGAGAAGGAGAACGGAUUCCGGUUGCCGCCACUGACCUCCUACAGUGAUGUGUUUGGGGAAUGGGCACCUGGGAAGGCGCCUAUAUGUGGUUUUUGCGGUGAGGAGUGCAAUGGUGCGAAAGUUGAGACGCUGCAGGAUGGUUUUAAAGUUUGUUCAAAAUGUUCCAAAAGCAAUAAUGAUAAUAAUAAGGAAGAAGCGAAUAAAUGUCCGGGUGACAAGAAGGAGAGUAUGGAAAAAUCUUCCGGUGCAUGGACAGACGCGGAAACAUUACUCCUUUUAGAAGGAGUCCUAAAACAUGGAGAUGACUGGGAUCUUAUCGCCCAGCAUGUCCGUACAAAGAAUAAAUCAGAAUGCAUAGCAAGGCUUAUUCAGUUACCUUUUGGCGAACAUAUGCUGGGCACAAUAAAUGGUAAAUCCGCUAGCAGGCUCCACAUAAACCAGGCAACUGAUGGAAAAACAAACCAGCACAUUAUGAAGGAGCCUUCAAGCCACACAACUGAAAUGGCUGACGGCAUGCAGAUUGAUGGAAAUGAAGAUAGUGCUGAUAAAUCAGUUGAAGAAUAUCCUACAAAACGCAGACGGUUAUUUUCUUCCAUGGAUGCUACCACUUCAUUAAUGGAGCAGUUAGCGCUCCUGACCACAACAGCUAGCCCAGAUGUUGUUGCUGCAGCUGCUGAUGCUGCAAUUAAAGCGUUCAGCAAUGAAAACCCACAAGCAAAGAAAGCCUUUCGCCUCAGCGAGCGAGAAUAUAAGACUAAGGCCUUCGGUUCUAAUCAUGUCCAACAGAUCGACCGCAAAAUCGGCGAUAAGGAUGUGAAAAUGCAUGGCCAGCCUGGUUCUGAUAAGCAGGAAAAGAAGUUCAUUGCUAAUGCAUAUCAAUUGAGGGCAGCUGUUGCUACUGCUGUUGGUGUAGCUGCUGCCCGUGCUAAAAUGCUUGCAGACCAGGAGGAGCGAGAAAUGGAGCUCCUAAUGGCAUCUGUGAUUGAAACUCAGACAGGGCACGAGCUGCCGGAGCGGGAGAAGGAGGCGUACGCGCGGUCCCGCGCCUGCCGCCUCGCGCUCAUUGACCACGCCGUCGCGCGCAAGAAGCCGCCGCUCAACGCCUUCAAGCCCCACCCCGAGCACAAAUCGAAGCUGGUAUGCAAGAUUACAGGGGAUACGGUUAACAAGUUGGAGGAUCACAUAUGGAAGCACAUCAACGGGAAGAGAUUUCUUAACAAGCUAGAAAAACUAGAAGACCAGGUGGCUUCUGGCGAGAUGGCUGAUGAAGAACCUGUGAAGUCAAAUGAAGUGGCAAAGAAGAGCAAGUCAAGAAAGAAGGACAAGAAGAAAGCUAAUGUUGCCAGUCCUUCUUUGCCAAGAGAACCUAAACCAGAGAUGGAUGAUUCAGAUGAUCCAGAUUUCUGGGUGCCUCCGGUUGGAAGUCGCUGGGAUGACGAUGAUGGGAAAGACAGAUGGGAGUCAUCACCAGGAAAGCCCAACUCAGCAAAGAACAAAGGUGGUUCUGAUGAUGAUGGUGCUGGUGAUAAUGACGGUGGUGGUGAUGAUGAUACGGCUGACAAGGAUGAUGCUGAAUCAAGGGAACUUGCUUCGAGGACAAAGCGAAUGUCAAUAGAGGCUGUUGGGCCAAGUAGCUUCGCUUCAAGGAAGAAAAAACCCAAGAAGGAGCAGUAAGACAUCGGUGAUUUGUGACGACUCAAAUUAAGAAUUUGGUCUCGUCGAGAGGAAGAAGUGUUAUCUAUUGACUAUUGGGUCGUGUUUCCUUAGAUUUGGGUAAUCAAUGACUGGAUCUAUGUUAGCAUAUUUCUGGUUAACGCUUGUCUGCUGUGAUAAAUCUACAUACGCACGUAUCUUGCAAGGUUUUUUUUGGAAAACAUUGAGGGAAAUAGUUGCCUUUGCAUUGCUGUGUGACUCAAGAUUUUGGUUGGAUCAGUCAUUUUUUGCUCAUUGAGCGAACACAGAAUCGAUUAAUACA